UGUCCUGCUCGGUCUGCGGAUAAACUAAACAAAAUUACGGUGAGCGGCAGCGGGUUUCGUGAGUUUAGCUUGUAGCCUGUUAAAGCUGCUGAGGAAUCUGAAGCAUUUUACAGAACGCUGUUGCUGAUUUUAUAAUCGCGUGGAGCAGAAAACAAACACCGAAAACCUGCACUGGACUUCAAUGGCAACGAGGAGCCGCAUCACGGUGAUGAGAGAAGAGCAGCUGCUGCCCUUGCGGCUGCGAGCUCAGUAAAGGCCGUGGGCUCAGCAUGGCACAGGGAGCACCGCAGUUGGACUUCCACGUCCUGCAAGACCUGAAGCAGCGUUUUCCUGAGAUCCCAGAGAACGUCGUGUCCCAGUGCCUUCUGCAGAAUAACAACAACCUGGAGGUGUGCUGCCACCUGCUGGCUCAGGAGAGCAGUCGCUACCUGUACGAGGAAUUCCACAGUCCGGAGGAAGUGCACCUGAGCCGCAACCGCAUGCUGCACAUCAGCGUCGGCGGCUUCCCUCCGCCUGAGAGCACCAACGCCAACGCCAACUCUAACACCGGCUACACCUCCUACUUCAUGAGCGACCAUGCACGUUCGGCCAGCACACCUCCACCCACCGUGCAGGGCAUUUCACCCACCUACACCCCCGUGCCCUCUCGCUACAUGACCCCCAUCACUCUGGCUCUGUCCUCCAGCAUCCCGUCUGCCCCUCAGGCGCUUCAGAUUCCUCCCGGCGCGUAUGGGAACAGUGGGAAUGCCCUGUAUAUGCGCCCUUCUCCUUCUCAGAGUCCCCAGCCCACACCCUGGGCAGCGCCCGGCGCACCCGUGUACUCACCCUCACCCUACAGCACUCCACCAUACCAGUCACCCUACAGCUCACCCCAGCAUCACACCUUUUUACCCAUCAGCCCUCCCACCCUACCCAACAUGCCAUACCAGCACGUCCCCUACAGGCCCUACAUGCCCACCAAAAGCUCCAUGAAGAACCAGAUCGAGAUCACACUGGACGGGCGGAAGCGCAGUAACUCCCCCAUCCCUGGGCCUCAGGGGACGCUGUACAUGCCCAACAGCCCUUCUCCAAGCUCACCAUCCAGGGCUAUUAGCAUGGCACCGCCCCCCGGCACUUCCUUUCACCCAGGCGUGUAUCUGGGUGGUGCACGCCCCCGCCCCGCCUCCUCGCCCCAGGCUGGAAGUGCUGCGUACAUUAAGAUUAAAAUGGGACCAGGCCAGCAGCUGGGAUCGGGAUCACCAUCUCCACCUGUGGAAGCAGAGUCGCUCCUGAAUAUCGUGGAUCAGGGUGAGAAACACGGUGCUCCCGCCCCCAUCCUGCCCAUCUCUGCCACAACGGGCAGCGGCGUUAGCCACAUCAGCCACAUGCCCCGACGCUCCAGCUCCGGCUCAGACGACUACGCAUACACUCAGGCCUUGUUGCUGCACCAGCGUGCGAGGAUGGAGCGUCUGCUGAAGGAGCUGCUAUCUGAGCGGCAGAAGCUGGAGCAGCUGAAGGGCGAAGUCAACGACAUGGAGUACGACGCACUGCAGAGGCGUUUCAGGCGUGUUAACAGCUCCUGCCUUAUCCCACGGCCUGAAGAGAUAACCAGAGUCCGGACACAAAACAGACUGCUGCAGAUCGACAUCGACUGCACCUUGAAGGAGACCGACCUCCUGCAGUCUAAAGGAAAGUUUGACCCUAAAGCCAUGAACAACUUUUACGAUAACAUCCAGCCUGGUCCGGUUGUCCGACCCAAAAAAGAUGGAGGAGGAGGAGGAGGAGGAGGAGCAGGUCCAAGGCCGAAGCCGGCGCCGCAGCUUGACGAGGACUUUGAGGGCGCUCAGUGGAACUGUGAGAGCUGCACUUUCCUCAACCACCCAGCUCUGAACCGAUGCGAGCAGUGUGAGAUGCCGCGCUACACCUGAAACCCCGCCUCUUUUAGAAAGGCCCCGCCCACAGCUCAACCCCAAACCUUCACCUCACAUCGCCUUUCCCAUCGUGCACCUUUCCAGGCACUGCUGAAGGAGAUGAGACCAAUCCUGUGUACUCCAUCAGACCAUGUGCCCACUAAAUCUUAAUUAUACCCCACCCCCUGCAGGCCUCAGACAGGCCCCGCCCCCUCGUCCGUGCACUUGUCUGAAUGACUUUUCUUUCCUACUGAAAAAUGAUCAGGUAAGCCUAAGAGAACAAAAAACGGGGACCGGUCGGUUACGGAGAAAGCGGAGCUGAGGAGGGCGUGGUUUAAUGUCAGGGGGCGUGGCCUCCUUCCCAGGCAGAAAGAGACACGUUUACAUGUAGAAGGGAAUCAGAGCCGACCGGACAGUAAAGCGGUGCGAGCCAGGCUCUGGUUGGUCUCACUGUAGACAUCACACUGUAUGUGCUCGUGGAGAGCUGAGUGAAGAAGAACACUAAGACACAAAAGUGCACAUGAAUUCUGUCCUACCUGGUACUUUUUUUUUUUUUUUUUUUAAUGCAUUUUAUGCCAUACUGUAUUCUGUGUUUAAAAGGUGUUGAUUGAUUUUCCUGUGCAAAUGCAUCAUAUUGCUGUACUUAUAAUAAAGGAGUUGAUUCUAUGUGA